CGGGUAUUUGUAACGGCACGGGGAGAUCAUAAAUAGUACAUAAGAUCUUGUAUCUUGAUGAUGGCUUAAACAGAUGCUGGUGCACAGAUUUGCUGUUUGAUAAUUUCUGCACUAGCCCUGAAGAUGCUGAGAGAUAGAGAUGGCUGUGCUUAUCUUUUGUAAGACAGGAAAUGCAAUCUUUAGGGGUUUCUGGAAAUAGAAAGGUCAUGCAGUCUGGAUCCUGUGAGCCUUUUCAAUCUCUAAGUCAUCAGAGAAAUGAUGAAGAAGCAGUUGUGGAUAGAGGUGGGACUCGUUCUAUUCUCAAAACACAUUUUGAGAAGGAAGAUUUAGAAGGUCAUCGAACACUGUUUAUUGGAGUUCAUGUGCCCCUGGGAGGAAGAAAAAGUCAUCGACGUCACAGGCAUCGUGGUCAUAAACACAGAAAGAGAGACAGAGAGAGAGAUUCAGGAUUAGAGGAUGGAAGAGAGUCACCUUCUUUUGACACCCCAUCACAGCGGGUACAGUUUAUUCUUGGAACUGAGGAUGAUGACGAAGAGCACAUUCCUCAUGACCUUUUCACAGAACUUGAUGAGAUUUGCUGGCGUGAAGGUGAGGAUGCUGAGUGGCGAGAAACAGCCAGGUGGUUGAAGUUUGAAGAAGAUGUGGAAGAUGGAGGGGAAAGGUGGAGCAAGCCAUACGUGGCUACUCUUUCAUUGCACAGCUUGUUUGAGUUGAGAAGUUGUAUUCUGAAUGGAACUGUGUUGCUGGACAUGCACGCUAACACCUUAGAAGAAAUUGCAGAUAUGGUCCUUGACCAACAAGUGAGCUCAGGUCAGCUAAAUGAAGAUGUUCGUCACAGGGUCCAUGAGGCACUGAUGAAACAGCAUCACCAUCAGAAUCAGAAGAAACUUACCAACCGGAUUCCCAUUGUUCGAUCAUUUGCUGACAUUGGCAAGAAACAAUCAGAACCAAAUUCGAUGGAUAAAAAUGGUCAGGUUGUUUCUCCUCAGUCUGCUCCAGCCUGUAUUGAAAAUAAAAAUGAUGUCAGCAGAGAAAACAGUACCGUUGACUUUAGCAAGGGACUGGGAGGCCAACAAAAGGGGCAUACUAGUCCAUGUGGGAUGAAACAAAGGCAUGAAAAAGGACUUCCACACCAGCAAGAGAGAGAGGUUGAUCUGCAUUUCAUGAAGAAGAUUCCUCCAGGUGCUGAAGCUUCAAACAUCUUAGCUGGAGAACUGGAGUUUCUAGAUAGAACUGUAGUUGCUUUUGUUAGGUUAUCUCCAGCUGUUUUACUUCAGGGGCUGGCUGAGGUCCCAAUCCCAACCAGAUUUUUGUUCAUUCUUCUGGGACCCAUGGGAAAGGGUCAGCAGUACCAUGAGAUUGGCAGAUCAAUUGCAACCCUAAUGACAGAUGAGGUAUUUCAUGAUGUUGCUUACAAAGCUAAAGAUCGUAAUGACUUGGUAUCAGGAAUUGAUGAAUUUCUGGAUCAAGUUACUGUCCUUCCUCCUGGAGAAUGGGACCCAAGCAUUCGAAUAGAACCUCCCAAAAAUGUUCCUUCCCAGGAGAAGAGGAAGAUUCCUGCUGUCCCAAAUGGAACAGCAGCUCAUGGGGAAGCUGAGCCCCACGGAGGACACAGUGGACCUGAACUCCAGCGAACUGGAAGGAUUUUUGGGGGACUUAUUUUAGAUAUCAAAAGAAAAGCUCCAUUCUUCUGGAGUGACUUCAGAGAUGCUUUCAGCCUGCAGUGCUUAGCAUCUUUUCUAUUUCUCUACUGCGCGUGUAUGUCUCCUGUCAUCACAUUUGGAGGACUGCUGGGGGAAGCAACUGAAGGUCGCAUAAGUGCAAUUGAAUCUCUCUUUGGAGCAUCCAUGACUGGGAUAGCCUAUUCUCUCUUCGGUGGACAGCCUCUUACCAUAUUAGGCAGUACAGGACCUGUUUUGGUGUUUGAAAAGAUACUGUUUAAAUUUUGCAAAGAAUAUGGGCUGUCAUACCUAUCUUUAAGAGCUAGUAUUGGACUUUGGACAGCAACCCUCUGUAUCAUUCUUGUGGCUACUGAUGCAAGUUCCCUUGUCUGCUAUAUCACCCGUUUUACUGAAGAAGCUUUUGCUUCCCUUAUUUGCAUCAUCUUCAUUUAUGAGGCCUUGGAGAAGCUGUUUGAACUCAGUGAAUCAUAUCCAGUCAACAUGCAUAAUGAUUUGGAGCUGCUGACACAAUACUCAUGUAACUGUGUGGAGCCACAUAAUCCCAGCAAUGAUACGCUGAAGGAAUGGAGGGAGUCCAAUAUUUCCGCCUCGGACAUAAUUUGGGAAAACCUAACUGUGUCGGAGUGCAAAUCACUGCAUGGAGAGUAUGUUGGGCGAGCCUGUGGCCAUGAGCACCCCUAUGUCCCGGAUGUGCUGUUCUGGUCAGUGAUAUUGUUCUUUUCCACAGUUACAAUGUCAGCCACUCUAAAGCAGUUCAAGACCAGCCGAUAUUUUCCAACCAAGGUUCGAUCCAUAGUGAGUGACUUUGCUGUCUUUCUUACAAUUCUGUGUAUGGUUUUAAUUGACUAUGCCAUCGGGAUCCCAUCUCCAAAACUACAAGUACCAAGUGUUUUCAAGCCUACCAGAGAUGAUCGUGGGUGGUUUGUUACACCUUUAGGCCCAAAUCCAUGGUGGACAGUAAUAGCUGCUAUUAUUCCUGCUUUGCUUUGCACUAUUCUAAUUUUUAUGGACCAACAGAUUACAGCUGUCAUCAUCAACAGGAAAGAACAUAAACUCAAGAAAGGUUGUGGGUACCACCUGGACCUGCUAAUGGUGGCUGUCAUGCUCGGCGUGUGCUCCAUCAUGGGCCUGCCGUGGUUUGUGGCUGCCACGGUCCUCUCCAUCACCCAUGUCAACAGCCUGAAACUGGAAUCGGAAUGCUCAGCUCCGGGAGAACAGCCCAAAUUUCUUGGCAUUCGGGAACAAAGGGUUACUGGGCUUAUGAUUUUUAUUCUUAUGGGUUCAUCGGUCUUUAUGACUAGUAUUCUGAAGUUUAUUCCUAUGCCAGUGCUCUAUGGAGUGUUUCUUUACAUGGGUGCCUCAUCUCUAAAAGGAAUUCAGUUAUUUGAUAGAAUAAAGCUCUUCUGGAUGCCUGCAAAACAUCAACCAGAUUUCAUAUAUCUGAGGCAUGUACCACUCCGAAAAGUCCAUCUCUUCACAGUAAUUCAGAUGAGUUGCCUUGGCCUUUUGUGGAUAAUAAAAGUUUCAAGAGCUGCUAUUGUGUUUCCUAUGAUGGUGUUAGCACUGGUAUUUGUAAGAAAGUUGAUGGACUUCUUAUUCACCAAACGGGAGCUCAGCUGGCUGGAUGAUUUAAUGCCUGAAAGUAAGAAAAAGAAACUAGAAGAUGCUGAAAAAGAGGAAGAACAAAGUAUGCUAGCUAUGGAAGAUGAGGGCACAGUACAACUCCCAAUGGAAGGGCACUAUAGAGAUGAUCCAUCUGUUAUCAAUAUUUCUGAUGAAAUGUCAAAGACUGCCUUGUGGAGGAACCUUCUGAUUACUGCUGAUAACUCUAAAGAUAAGGAGUCAAGCUUUCCUUCUAAAAGCACUGAAAGCCGAAAAGAGAAGAAAGCUGACUCAGGGAAAGGUGUUGACAGGGAGACUUGUCUAUGACUUGAUCUUCAAUUUAUUUUUUACAUAUAUAUGAGAAGAGUGUCAUAAUUAUUAAUAAAACUGCUUUGAUCAUGUAUUGUAAAUUCUGUCUCUCUUCCCAAAUCUACCUUCACGAUGUAAGUAGUGCAAUACUUGUUUCAUUUCUGUGUUUAACCUUCUCAACAGUGAGACACCCUUGUGAGCAGGUACAGUAGCUGAUGUAAGAAUCCAUGUGUUCCUUGCUAUACGUUAGACAUUUGUAAACACUGGAUUCUCAUUGUGAGCUUUAUGAGAGCAAUAGCUUUCUUAAAGAGAUAAGUCAUAGUUACCUAGUUUAUAUUUUCCUACUUUAAUAUCAUGAAGAUGCCUGACAAUUUCCUGCAGAAGAGUUUUGAAAGGUAGUCUUACUCCUUUUUAUUUUUAUAGCUUAGCAUUUGUGACUUAUUUCAUAACACCCAAAUCAAAAAAUUACUUUGAAAGCUUUUUUUCAUAAUUGUAUUUAUGCAUUUCCUUGAUGUACUGAUACAUUUAAUACUUAAGAAUUUAUAUAUAACUGAAGCUUAAAGUCCUUUGAAAACAAUAUAGACACUUGUUCACAAUUUGUUAAAAAGAAUCAGACACCAAUGCAGAAUCAAGCAAUUUUUGCUUACAGUUCAAGUUAUGACUACAUGAUCCAACUUUAGGCCUAUAUAAAAUGCAGUAGAAAAACUUUAUACAUUUUAUGGGAUUUUCAGCUAAAAUCUAUCAGAAUAGACUGUUAAAGUUCUCUCCCACUGACAAUAGCUAUUUUUCAAAUAAACCCGGAUUACCACAUGGUAAAUCAUUGUUCCACUCUGUACAGUCCCUCUGCUGCUAAUGGUCGUGCACUGUUUAAUGCUGGUUCUCAAUCAUGGUAUAAUGUUAAACCAACAGGCCUCCAGUUGUAACUUUUUUGCAAAGAUCUUUUCCACUUUUUAAUUAAAUGCAUGUUGUGGAAAAACAAUCUUUUAAAUAGAAAUUUCAGAUUAUGUUUGGGAAGGUUCUGUAGAUAUUUCGGUCCAUAUGAAGUAAUCCAUCUUUACUGAGUUUACGCAAGAUGAAGGAAAGUUGAGGAUUCUUGAGCACUACCAAAAGUGUAAUAUUUAAUUGCAUUUUAGAUGAAUGUGAAGUUAAUAAAAACUAAAUGUGAUGGUAAUUCAGAGUGGGACAUUCUUGGCUCCUAAGAAAAAUGGGCGGUCAUCAACCUUAUGGCACUCCAGUGUCCAGUGUUACAGUGAUUCAGAGCCAUGGGGCCUUUAUAAACUACUACACACUCUGUGUAUAAACGCACAGGAAAAGUGGGGAAAAAUCUUUUUUGUAACUAAGCUAAUGAGAGGGGGAAGACCAACAAAGCCUCCAUUAGAUUCAACAUUUUAUUACCUUUAGAAAAAAAUGUGUCCUCAUAAUCCUUGAUGGAAUUAUUUUUAUGGAAAAUGAGUUAAAGAUUUAUGGGAGGAAGAAUUUGCAGUUAAUAAAGUUUGUAUUUAUAAAUACUGAAGAAAAAUACAGAAAUUUAUGUUCCAAAUAUGUUGCCUUUGUGUAUUUUAUAAUACUGAUAUUAUACUGUAAACAUUUCCAUUGUUUUAUGAUUUUAGCUAGUCAGUUCCAAAAGCAAUCCCUUAGUAUUUUAAUAUAUUAAGAACUGUUCUGUUAAAAAUGAUCAUAGCGAAUUAAAACCUUCAUGUGAUCAAUGAUUUGAACACACAAUCAUAGCCAAUGAAAUUCUGUAUUUCUGAGUAUUUUUAUAGUCAUUUUGUUCUUGUGUGAAUUUUAAUGCUAUUCCUAUGUUAAUCCUAAUAUUUUGAAAUCAUAUAAAAUAUAAAAAUGUAGUGUUAUAUAUGUAUAUGUAUAUUUACUUCUAAUUAUAGAUUCCUGGUCAAAAUUAAGGAAUAUCUUGAAUGUAAUUUAUUGCAAAGUUUAAGUAAUGUGUAAAAGUGACUAGGAUAUUGUGUUUUUCACAACUAAGAAAUGUUAUGUGGAAAUAAAUAUUUAUCCUAAUAUCCUUGCAUAUUUUAAAUUAUGA